CUUCUCUCCGGCUGUCACCUCAGUACACCAUUCUUUACAUUCUAUCCUCCAUUUUCGACUUCAAGCUGUCAGCCAAAGCAAACUCUUGAUUCUUCGACUACCAUUUGCAUGUGGGUGUCUACACAGACUGCCAAUGUUUUUGACUUGAAAUGGAUGCAAAUGGUAAAAGCUCAAAAUCAGGGGAGAUCAGCAUGACAGAGAACAGAAAAAGUGGUGAGGUGGUGGUGACAAUAUCAGGUGAAGAGAAAGAUGCAAAAUCAAGAGGUGGUGUUACUGAGUCACCUCAUAGAAAAUCGGUUGAUACCCCCCAUGAAAAUGCAUAUUUUAUGCCAAGCCCUAACAGGCCUCCCAAAAUCCCCCAUCCUGAUACCUUAACAAGGCGAAAAACCUUAGCAAGGUCGAUUUACUCGAAGCCGAAAUCACGAUUUGGUGAACAACCCUUGAUAGAUUCUAGUAUGUUUGAUGAUAUAGCUGAACCAGUUGGUCAGACUUCAAACUCACCAAUUAGAAUCGUAUCAAAUCGGGCCUCGCCCAAUAAUCCUAAAGUCGCAGCCAAUCCUACUGCUUCUCCAAGUGGUACACCAUCGAAGGAGACAAUAAGAACUGUAUCCAUAACACCAAAAACUCCAUUAAUGGCAUCACCUGGAGGUGCAGGGGGGGUUGAUGAGGAUGAAGAGAUUUACAAGAAGGUAAAUAUACGAAAGAAAUUGAAGUAUAGGAGAGUGAGGAUAAAAGUUCUAUUAGAAUGGCUAGUGCUUCUAAUCCUUGUGGGCAGUAUAGUUGCUAGCUUGACAAUUAAAGAGUUGAAACAUUACAAAGUCUGGAGCUUGGAGUUGUGGAAAUGGUGUGUGCUUAUAGCGGUGAUCAUUUGUGGUAUGUUAGUUACCAAUUGGCUUAUGCAUUUUAUAGUGUUGUUGAUAGAAUUGAAUUUCUUGUUGAGAAAGAAGGUGUUAUAUUUCGUUCACGGGUUAAAGAAGUGUGUUCAAGUAUCUAUUUGGUUGAUUGUGGUUCUCGUUACUUGGACUUCAUUGUUUAACGACCAAGAUGUUCAAAGAUCUAAAAAAGCAACUCGGGUUUUGGAUUAUUUUACUUGGACUAUUGUUUCUUUACUGGUUGGGUCAAUCUUGUGGCUUUUGAAGACUUUCUUGCUCAAGGUUCUGGCAACAUCGUUCCAUGUCAGCAAUUUCUUCGAUAGAAUUCAAGAAUCUAUCUUUCUCCAGUAUGUUCUCCUAACCCUUUCGGGGCCUCCAGUUAUGGAAUCGUUACAAAAUGUUGGGGCAAGUGCAAGUACAAGUGCAAGUCAUUUGAGUUUUCAGAUGAAGAGGAAGGGGGGAAAAGAGGCCAAGACAAAAGAGGUAAUUGACGUAAGUAAGCUUCAUCAGAUGAAGCGAGAAAAAGUGUCCGCUUGGACAAUGAAGAUGUUGGUCGACUUGAUUUCAAAUUCAGGGCUCUCCACUUUUUCGGGGGAACUUGAAGAAAGUGCUUAUGAUAGAGGAGGUGGAUCCACAGAUAAGGACAAGGAGAUUAACAAUGAGAUGGAAGCAAUUGCAGCUGCCUAUCAUAUCUUUAGAAACGUUGCUCAGCCUGGUUUUACAUACAUUGAAGAUUUGGAUCUAAGGAGGUUCAUGAUCAAGGAGGAGGUAGAUAUUGUGUUUCCAAUGAUCGAUGUCACAGAUGAAGGACAUAUUGAUCGGAAAUGUUUAACAGAAUGGGUGGUAAAGGUUUACAAUGGCCGAAAAGCUUUAGCACAUGCUUUAAGUGACACGAAAACAGCCGUAAAACAAUUAGACAAGCUUGUUACAGCAGUCCUGGUGGUUAUUGUGUUCGUUGUGUGGCUUCUUUUGACGGAAAUCGCAACCACCAAAGUACUUGUCUUGCUCUCAUCACAGCUUGUUGUGGCUGCUUUUAUAUUUGGCAACACUUGCAAGACCAUUUUUGAAGCUAUUGUGUUUGUUUUCAUAAUGCAUCCAUUCGAUGUUGGAGAUCGUUGUGUGAUUGAUGGGGUUCAGUUGAUAGUUGAAGAGAUGAAUAUCUUAACAACGGUGUUCUUGCGAUUUGAUAACGAGAAGAUAUAUUAUCCGAAUUCGGUUCUGUCAACCAAGCCCAUCAGCAACUUUUACCGAAGUCCAGAUAUGGGUGAUAACGUGGAAUUCUCUAUCGAUUUUGCAACACCUUUCGAGAAGAUCGGGCUGUUGAAAGACAAACUAAAGAAGUAUCUGGAGAAGAAUCCUCAGUUAUGGCAUCCAAAUCACAACUUCGUGGUGAAGGAGAUUGAAAAUGUGAACAAGAUAAAGAUGGUGCUUUUUUUCAAUCAUACCAUCAACUUUCAAGACUAUGGUGAAAAGGUUAGACGCAGAACUGAACUGGUUUUAGAGCUGAAGAGAAUAUUCGAAGAGCUGAAGAUCAAAUGCAAUCUCCUUCCACAAGAAGUUCACCUGCGUCCAGAAACAACCACAAAAUAAAAUAAAACAGAACAGAAACUAGUGAUGGUUGGUUGUGUCUACUUAAGAAAAGGGAAUCAUGUCACUUCAUUGUUAUUUUCAUGCUGUUUCUUAGAAGUCUUGUACGAUAUUAGUCUUGCAAAUGGAAAUAAAGGGUGGUUUGUUUGGC